AUGGAAAUUAAGAAGACUAAAAAGGCAAAGCUUACUCCUAGAACUAAGGAAAAACUGGUCUUGUGUAAACGUACACAGAAGGCUAGCCUAGCUUCUAUGUUGGUGACUCAAGUGCAGAAGGGUAGUUCAAAACCUCAGCUAUCUCCUUUUGUCAACCCCUAUAUUAAUAACCAGCCUAAAAAUAAGAUUGUGCUGCCUAAGCAAUUGAAGAAAGAUGAGGGCAAGAAGACCCUUGUGCUUGAUUUGGACGAGACUUUGGUCCAUUCUAGCUUCCAGCCGCCUGGCCAUUAUGACCUCCUACUGCCAGUUGAGAUUGAAAACCAGGUCUGAUAUGUAUACGUGCUGAAAAGGCCAGGUGUAGAUGAUUUCCUUGAGGAAAUGGCCAAGCAUUAUGAACUGGUUAUCUAUACAGCCUCUCUGUCUAAAUACGCCAAUCCUUUACUUGACUGGCUAGAUCCUAAGAAGUUAUGUUCACAUAGACUGUUCAGAGAACACUGAACUUUUCGAAGUGGUAUAUUUGUCAAGGAUCUUGAUAGACUUGACAGAGAUUUAAAAGGCACAAUCAUUAUAGAUAAUAGUCCAGCUUCGUACUUUUUGCAUCCCCAAUGAGCAUUGCCUACAACCUCUUGGUAUGAUGAUAUGGAAGACACAGAGCUUUAUUCCCUCGCUGAAGUUUUAGAGCCCCUUUCAAAAGUUGAAGAUGUCCGAGAUAUCAUUGAAGCAAUAGUUUUUGAAGACAAGGUAUUGUUCAACAAAGCAAGCCAGAUUCUUAAAGGAGGCAAGCUAGGAGAAAGAUCUCAUAGCCAAAAUUCUCAUUUGAGAAAUCCUCAAUCUACUAGUAAUGAUUAUAUGGCUGGUAUCGACCUUAGCCAGCAAUCUGGGGAUUUAAAAGAGGAAGAGAAGGAUAAAGCCGACCAAAAUUUGAGUUCAAAGAAUGAGCCUGCACUUUCAUAUUUCAAAUCAUUUAACUCUUCUAUCAGAAAGAGUAGAACUGGUAAUAAUCUAGGACCAAGAGGAGGAUCUCAAAGAAACAGUCAUAAUGAUCCUGAUCAUCUCCAUUUCAUGCCAAACGUUAAUUCUAUGAAGCUGCAUCCAUCUGUAGCAGUUAAGAAUGGUUGGGUGAGUAAAGGAGAUAAAGAAACUCAUAUACCAAAUAAUGAUCCUCUUUCCCACUCCACCAGCAAAAGUAUCGGAAAGAGUCAGAAUAAAUACGCUACAUCUUCAUUGGGGAACUAUAGUGAAAAGAGUGGCUCUAUAAAACCAUUAAACAGCCAGAUUUAUUUCAAGAAGGUUGACGGAAAGCAUUCCUCAGUCGCCAGGACCUAUAGAACUAAGAUGAAACAAGACAGCUCUUCCCUCGGAAGAUAUAACAACUUAAGCAAUAGAAAUGCCAACGAAUUUAGAACAGUCAGGCGGAAGAGAGAAUUAAUGCUGUUCAGUGUUAAUAAAAAUGGAAGGAACCAUAAACUGGAGAAUAAAUUUAGAACUGUGAACCAUAGUCCUGAGGGGAGUCCUGGCAAGAGACCUCAAAAUGUUGGCUAUUCGAAGAAUCACAGGAAUUACUUGAACAAAAUGGUCAUGAAAAGCUCCAAGUCUCCUGGUUCUAUUCUAGGGAACCUAGGAAACCAGGAUGGGUCUUUAAGAAUUACCCAGAUUGGGUCAAAUACUAACCAUAGGGCUUCUAAAAUGACUAGGUUCACGUCGAGCAAAAACCUGCCGUCAUUUGCUAACUUAGGAGCUCUGAAUGAGUCCGGAAAGAAAGAUUUGAAAUAAACCAGCUGGUCCUUAAUCCUUUGGAUUAAAACCUGAUUGGUGUACUUGUGGGCUAGAAUAAUCUUCAAUUAAU